AUGAAAGAUGCAGAAUAUGAAAAUGGUUACUUUACAGGUACAACCAUUUACAGCACAAAUGAGGUCAAACGUCCUGUCAGUCCACAGUUUAAAGACAGAGUGAAGUACACCGGCUCGCCAACAUGGCAGAAAUAUGCUAAGUCACAGUACUGCAGUAUUUUGAUCUGUGACCUGGAUAAAACGGACAGUGGARAAUAUCAAUUCAGAUUUGUUGGAGGUCGUAAUGAAAAAGACAAAUGGGUGACAAACCCUUCAAACCUGUCAGUUACAGGUGUUGUGAUGGAGAAUGAAACAGUGACUCUUACCUGCUCUACAAUAAGCUCAUGUCCGUCGGUGCUACACAUUUCUGAUAUGAUGCAGCAACUCUCACAUUCCAGCAACAACAAACCUACAGCUCAAAUCACCACACACAGCUUUAAAACCAGCUGGAAAGAURAUGGGAAGAUGUUUUCAUGCCAAACAGAAAAUAACACAGACAGAUACCUGAUCAAAAACUUCACCUUGACAGUAAAAUAUGGUCCCAAAGAAGUUAAGGCUAAACAAAGCCCUAACAGAGUGGAGGAGAAAGACUUUGUGAAUCUCAGCUGUUCAGCCAAAGGUUCACCUGAUGUUCAYUUUAUGUGGGUUAAAGAUGAUCUCCACAACACCUCAGGAGCUGAGCUGAAUUUCACAUCAGUUAAAGCAUCAGACAGUGGCUCUUACUACUGUGCAGCUUGGAAYGAAUAUGGGAUUGUAAAGUCAAACACAUUAAAAAUUGAUGUGUUGUAUGCCCCAGAAGUUAGGGUGACAAUCAAUCAGCUGCCUGGAAGACGUUCUGGCUACAUAGAAGAAGGAGACAAGAUUACACUUGAAUGUACUGUUAUCAGAAGCAACCCACAACCUUUUAAAUAUACCUGGAAAAAAACAAAAGUUGUUGGUGGAGAAAGGAUACAUGUUUUAGACAAGAUAAAACCAGAGCAGAGCGACACUUACACAUGUGAAGCCACAAACGUUGUGGGUUCUGGAAGACAUGCCGAACGUCUUCAGGUUCAAUACAAACCAAGGAGCAGCAUUCGGCUACAAGGUGCCUCUGGUAACACAGUAAAAAUUAACAAAAGACUCAAACUAACCUGUGAGACUAAAGCGUAUCCAAAACCAGAUUACUCCUGGUUCAGAUACACAGAGUUGAACAAAUCUCACUGGAAAUGGUUGGGAGGAGAACAAACUCUAACUUUAAACUCGGUUAAAAGAGAAGAUGAAGCGUGUUAUGUCUGUAAUGCAACCAACAGCAUCGGCAAAGGAAACAYGAGUCAUCCAGUGUGCAUACAGGUUCUUUAUCCUCCCACCAACGUCCAGCUGACUUUACCCUCCAAAGUUAGAGAAAACCAAUCGGUGACGAUCACCUGCAGGGCUGAAAGUUCCCCAUCGUCAAGUUUUGAGAUAAGAUCUUCAUCACCAAAAAACCAGUUUUCAGAAUUUAUUUCUCAGACUGCUGAUAAACAAAACCUUCUCAACCACACGUUUGUUGCGACUGAAGCCCACGCAGGUUYUUAUAAAUGCGAAGCGUCAAACACCGAAGGAUCAAACACAAGCUCUGAGAGGAAGUUAGAAGUUGAAUAUGCACCAAAACUCACAACAAUCAGUAAGGGGAAAGAGCGAGAGCUGAGCGGUGGACGACGUUCUGUAACUCUGAGUUGCAUCAGUCACAGCUACCCUGCAGCUAAAUUUAAGUGGUACAAUAAAACAGAGGAAAAGGCAGUGUCUGCGGAGCAGAACUUCACAGUUUACUCACACCACCCAGGAGAGUACUACUGCACGGCCGAAAAUCAGUUUGGUAAAACUCGAUCUGACUCGAUCAAGGUGUUUGCUGAUGGAGGCAGGAUGGUGAUACUCUUCAUCUUGAUUUGCUUUUUUGUUCUCAUCAUUCUCUUAAUUUUCUUCUUGUACAGAAGGAAGAAAUCAAAUGAGCAAAGGACAACAAACACAUGGCCCCUCUGUGGUUUUCUGGUCUGCUGGAAUGGACCUUGGAGGAGGACUGGGAGGAAUGAGACGAUGCUGGCAGAACCUUUCAGGAGCAGAGAUGACCUUCUGCCGGAGCAGCCGUGCCGCCCGAACGCCCAGCCUCUCCCAGACGUCACGUCUGCGUCUAACAUCAACUUGGUUUAUGCGACUKUGAAUCUGCCACAAAAAAAUCAACCUGCGUCUGCACAAAAACCAGCCGGACCCCAGCGUGAACCUGUGGAGAWCGACUCCAUCAACUAUGCUUCUCUGCACUUUAAGAAGACGAAACCAGAAGAGGAUAGCGUGUACUCUCAAGUGUGCAAGCCAAAAUCWUUUAAAGAGAAAGCGAAACAACCGACGGUCUAUGAGAACUUUCACAUGAUGAACUCAGACAAACCGUCCUAUUCUUAUGAAGAUGACUCAGACACCAGCGAGGACGAGGUGGAGCUCAGCUACUCUCAGGUGAACUUCCAACCAAAGGCCGGCCACCAGAGAGCCACCAGAGACUCCAGCAGCUCUGAGGACACUCAGUACUCCCAGGUCAAACUCUGA